UGCCCUCUGUGGCAGGGAAUUCCAUAAAAGAUGAGAAGAGCAACAUUCAAAGGAGACAUGCAGGGUUUGUUGCACAAAAUCUGAUGAGGUUGGAGCGACUGGGGAUAACGCACGUGUUAAACAGUGCAGAAGGAAAAUCAUUCAUGCAUGUUAACACCAAUGCAGAGUUCUACGCAGGCUCAGGGAUCAUCUACCACGGGAUCAAAGCCAACGACACAGAGACAUUCAACCUGAGCUCCUAUUUUGAAGACGCUGCUGAUUUCAUCGACAAGAGUUUGACGCAAAAGGAUGGGCGAGUGUUCGUGCAUUGCCGUGAAGGGUACAGCCGUUCACCCACUCUCGUCAUCGCCUACCUCAUGCUCCGACACAAAAUGGAUGUCAAAUUGGCCCUCCUCACCGUCCGUCAGAAACGGGAGAUCGGCCCAAAUGAUGGAUUCUUGCGACAGCUCUGUCAGUUAAAUGAGAAACUGGUUAAGGAGGGUAAAAUUAAAUCUUAAUCAUCUUGGAAGUAGCCAGUGCCUGAUCAGAAUUAAUAGAUGCCUGAGGUUUCGAUGUACCGAAUGUUGUGUGUUGAAUUUAGGGCUGGGACAAAGUUUCAUUUUUUCAAUAAUUUCUUCAGUGGGACUAACUUUGUUAAUAGGAAUUGAGAAAGAGAGAGGGGGCAAGAUAUGAAUAGUCCUGCGUUACAUUUAACACAUCAUUUUAUUACCAACAACUUUCGUAGCACCCUUAGAAUCUGAUUGGGGAAUGUUGGCCUUUGGUCGUUUAUCAUGCAGGGAAAUUUCUUGGUUUAUCGUGCUUGGUUAUUGUAUCAUGUUACAGCUAAUGAAAUAAACCGGUUAGAGAUAGCCCACCAUCAUCAUUGGCGAUCUCUCGAAGUCGAGUAUGAUUGUCCUCCUGGUGGGUCCUCUUCGUGGGACGUUCAGGUGGUGUGUUCCUUCAGAUGGAUGCCUGUGUGUGGCAUCGUUUACUGUGGGGGAGACUGGCGCACGGACAACUACCACACGGUCCUUGACAGAGACAGACCCGGGUGCAACAGCAAGGACUCCACUACAGUUAGGAGUCCCUCCCUUCUUCCACCUUCUCAGCCGUUGUGGUGCUCCACCUGUUGGCCAUCCACCGUCCUCCUCCUGUUCCACCGUUGAGGUCUUCUUCCUGGGCCACGCUUGGGUCAGGGACCUCCCCCUCGACCCGCCCACCACGGGUGACCCUGCCAAGAGCGUAGCACUUGACGGUUUAGCUCUGAGGAUCAUAGGCACACGCAUGCAUCUCCACCACCACAAAGUGGUGACCCUCGGGGAUAAGCCCACAAUAGUAGUUUACUGUUUUGCAAUUAGUUCAUUUAUUUGGGCUUGAUCCGAGUGAGUAUCAUAAACCUGCAAAUUUUCUUGCAUUACGAAGUGGCUGCAUUUUCAGUGAACUUAAAUUUAACUUCCAUUCUGUUUUCACUUCACCUGCGGGCUGUACUGCCCAGCAUCAUUGACAAGUUAGCAUGCUGUGCAACAAGGUAUGAAGCUCUCCAGUUAAACUCUAGGUGUUCCCCAGGCUUCUCAAUUUUAGCGCUGGGUCCUUAAACAAAUGAAUGGUGUAACUGGUAGAUAAUGACAUUUGGCCACGAAUGAAAAUCAAAAACUAAAGGGUUCCUGACUUUUAUUUUUCUUUCCAAAGAAUCUUCCUGCCCAGCCGAAUGUUUUUUUUUUGGUAUAUUUUUUAAUUACAUUUAUCUUUAGUUAAUCUACAUGAAAACUCUAUGUUUUGACCAAAUGUGUUUUCUCCUAACUGUUGCAUUAUAGAGCAGAGAACUGAAAAGCACAGGAGCAGGACCUUCAGCCCACAAUGUCUAUGCCAAACAUGAUGUCAAGUUAAACUACUCUACUCUGCCUGUACGCGAUCCAUUCCCUGUGUUACCAUGCACCUAUGGAGCCGCAGCUUCGCUCCAUAGAUGCUGCCGCACACGCUGAGUUUCUCCAGCACUUUUGUCAGCCUCAGAAACUCCUCCAUUGUACCUACCUUCACCAUCAGCCCCAGCAGCGCAUUCCAGGCACCCACCAUCCUCUGUGUAAAAGACUUGCAUUCUUACAUUUGCCUAAGUAUAUGUUCCUGUGCUUGGGGAUAGAAAAAGCUUUGAAAUCAAUAAUUUGCAGGUAGUUCGAUCACUUGGUUAUGAGUCGUUAUAGCGUCAAAGAACUGUACGGCACAGAGACAGGUCUUUUGGCCGACCAAUUUGGCGUGUUGGGCUAGUCGCAUUUGCCUGUAAACUCUUCCUAUCCAUGUACCUUUUAAAAGUCGCAAUUGGUAAUGGAUUUGGAGGCUGUGAGCUGAAAUUGAUACAAAUACCACUGCAAUGAUUUUGUGAACAAUUGGGUCCAAUUCAGACCUUGUGACCUUUCUCGUCCCUGCUGCUCCCAACACAGUCCCCAUUUUUGUAAAAUAUGUUACUUGACAAAUUAGUUGGAGAAUCUAAUCCCUUUAAUUAUGGUAAAGCUUCAGCUGUGGAGAGUUGCCAAUAAUGGCUCAGCGUGCUACUUUGUCAGUUGUAGAAAACUAUUUCAAGUAGAGAGUAUUGGAAAAUAGGGUUGGAGAAGCAGAUUGGAUAUUUGGUGAACAAAAAAACAAGGUACCUCAGCGAGUCAGGCAACAUCUGUGGAUGGAAUGGACAGACGACGUCUUGGGUCAGGACCCCUCUUCUGACAUAAUCCCCAGUUUUUAGUAGAGUCUGAAGAAGGCUCCUGAACUGAAACGUUGUAUGUCCAUUCCUUCCACAGAUGCUGCCUGAUCCACUGAGCUCUUCCAGUACUUUGUUUAAAUAGGUUUUUUAAUGGACCCGCUGAAGAAAAUUGAAAAACACCUUUGGUCCCAGCCAUGUCUAACUAAUUUGCAUUUGCAAGAUGUUGUGACUAUUUCUAUAUCUAAAAAGUGUGUGUUGUUAGGACUGUAGCAAUAAGAUGCCUUUAAUAUUGUCAGUUGUUUGUGUACUUGAUUAUAUAAACUGGGUUUUUAACAUUGUAGGCAACAUCUGAAUCUUGCAUGACCUCAACCUCUUUACCAUCACCCACAUUGCAGAUACUAACAUAAUCCCUGCUAUUUAUCUGCUUCAUCCUCCUGCUAAACUGUUCAGUGUUUUUGGUCCAGAUUCACAAAGAAAAGUCAAUUCAUGUGGCUUAGAAAACUUGAGGUUGCAAAGUGCAUUCAGUAUUGAAAAGAAGUAAGCUCCAUCUUAAAUGUUUGGUGUGCUAACAAAUAUGGGUUUUCCCAAUGACCCAGUGGGUACAUACUCAGUCCCAGGUAUAGUGGUAACCUACAUAAACUGGUAAGCUCACAACUACUCUAGGUUCUGCUGGCCAACAGUGGCUGUGCACUAGAAAUCUGGGCAGAACAGUGGCACAACUGAUAGAGCUGCUGUCUCACAGUGCCAGAGACCCCCGGGUUCUAUCCUGAGCUCGGGUGCUGCCUGUAUGGAGUUUGCACACUCUCCCUAUAACCUCGUGUGUUUCCUCCGGGUGCUCCGGUUUCGUCCCGCAUUCCAAAGAUUUGCAGGUUCAUUGGCCUUUGUAAAUUGGAUGAGAAAAUAAGAUAGCAUAGAACCAGUGUGAAUGAGCGAUCGAUCGAUGGUCGGUGUAGACUUGGCGGGCUGAAGGGCCUGUUUCCAUGCUACAUCUCUAAACUAAACUAAACUAAACUAAAUUGUUCAUAGGAAUCAUGAGUGGGGCUAGGAAGCCCUUCCCACCCCAGUUCACUAUCACGAGACUGAUGUCGGAAGGUGUCUAUUCAAUAAUAUUGAGUGAAUGAAUGCAGGAACAGGUUCAGAGAGGAAACUGAUGGUUACUUACCCACAAAGAAUGGUCACAUGGGAAUUGUAGCCCCCAGAACCCAUUUAUCUACACUCCAGGAUGCCCAAUCAAAGAAGGAAAGUGAGAACAGAUUGGAAGGUGUGCAAAAUUAAAGUUAAGUACAAAUUUAA